AGGCAGAGUGGCGGUUGACCCAUUACCGCCCUCGUUGCCCACUUGACAGAUUCAAGAUUCAAAGCUGCUUCCCCCCCGAUACUUCGGAACCGUACCCCGAUUCAAGAUGUGCCAGGACAGCCCCGCGUGCUCCUCCGGCGACGCCUUGGACCCCCCGUCCAGCAACGCCUCGCCGCGCUCGCCGCUGAAGCCCGCGGGCGGCUUCAAUUGCCGCCGGGACCGGCGCCAGCGCUUGCAGGGCCUGCACUGCUACCUGGCGAGGACCGUCGUGACGGUUGCGGCGUCGGCGGCCAUGCUCGAGGCCAUGCCAGAGGGCCAGCCUGACGGCGGCGGAUCCACGGGCACCUCGUUCGCGAGCUGCUCGUUCCUGAAGGACCUCGUCGCCGACGUCCCCGUGCUGCUGCGCUCGGUGCUGCGGGGCGCCGCGGCCUACGCCAGGGACUCGCUCGACGGCCUGGCCGCCGCCGCCGGCGAGCCGCCGCGCCGGCCGUUCGAGGACGCGGGCGCGCCGAGCUGGCUGCCCUGGGCCGUGGACGCCGCGAUCGUCUGCGGCAUUCUCGCGGUGGUCCUGUUCGCGCUGGCCUUUGCGGCCAUGCCGCGCCCCUGCGGGGGCGGCCAGGAGGCGGAGCCCGGCGGCGCCGAGGGCGCCGGGGGGCCGACGGAGCUCGCGAAGGGCGGCGCCAAGGUCUUCCGGGUCGUCAUGAUGGCCGUCCUGCCCGCCGUGUCGGGCGCCCUGCUCAACGUGAAGCACGUGCUCGUCCCCGCCCUGCUGUGCGGCCUCUGAGGGCGGCAUCCGCCGCACGGGUCGUGCCGCUGUGCCCUGCCACCUCUCCCGGGUUCGCCUUCCAUUCCUCGUUCCUGCCCCCGGCCUUCUCGCGCUCUCUCUCUCUCUCUCUGUCCGCCGGCAGCGUUACCCGUGUGUCAUGUUGAUGCGGAUUGCACGAUGG